UAUAUAUUAUUCGAACAUUUCCCCAAAUUUGCUUGUUGCUCGAACCACCAACAGCUGCAACCCAUACGCCAUUCAUAGUUUCUCACACACAUUUUUCGUAAGCUAAGCCUACUCUAGUGUGGAUCAUGGGGACUAGCGUUGAUGCUGCACAUACGGAAGGAACCGAAAGCGCUCUUAGUGUAAAGAAGCCCAAAGUUGUGUUUGUUCUAGGAGGCCCGGGCAGUGGCAAGGGUACACAAUGUGCAAAUAUCGUAGAACACUUUGGGUAUACGCAUCUCAGUGCCGGAGAUCUUCUCCGGGCCGAAAUAAGUUCCGGAUCUGAAAACGGGACCAUGAUCCAGAACAUGAUUUCUGAAGGAGUAAUCGUUCCGCCAGAAGUAACCAUUAAGCUUCUUGAAAAAGCAAUUAUGGAAAGUGAGAACGACAAGUUCCUGAUCGACGGGUUUCCCCGUAAUGAGGAAAACCGUGCAAUGUUUGAGUCAGUCACCGGAAUUGUACCCGAGUUUGUUCUUUUCUUUGAUUGUUCUGAGGAAGAGAUGGAGAGGCGCCUCUUAAGCCGCAACCAGGGAAGAGUAGAUGAUAACAUUGACACAAUAAGGAAGCGGUUUAAGGUUUUCGUUGAAUCUAGUCUCUUUGUUAUCAACUAUUACAACUCAAAGGGGAGGGUCAGAAAGAUCGAUGCCGCUAAGCCGGUUGCCGAAGUUUUUGAAGCAGUUAAGGCUGUUUUCACCCCUGUUGAUGACAAGGCUGCUGCCUAGGUGAUAUCCAAUCGAGUGGUGGUUGAAACGCGAAUGUAUGAUGUGACCAUGAGACAGUAUGAUGGCUUAGUUUUAGGGUACUCCGGUAAUCAUAAGACGCGACGUAUCUUUUUUACAUGAUGAGUUGUAAAUCAACAUUGUCAUCUAUUGUUCUCAAACUAUAAGUUAUAUCCUUGAUGAUUUAUGAACACCCCUUUAUCAUACUAAUAAUUUAGCU